AGAUUUCGCAAAAGCAUCAUCUGUCAUUCACAUCUGCCUUCUGGUUUCCGUGAGUCAAAACAGUGGUACAAUGGCACUCUUACGUAUGAAUACGACUCCUGUUCACCAGGUUCAUCCAUAUAUUCGGAUCAUACUACUAGUCACUCUUCUAAACUGCGGCUUAACAAUUCUCUUUUUCUCUCACCUCAUCUUCUUUCCAACCCUUGCUAGACAGCAUAUUCCUCUCGACACGAUCAGAUCAUCAGUCAAGCAUGUUUUGCGACCGUUGGCCAGAAGACCGGAUGUAUCAAAGUCAUGUGUUGAAGGACACCGAGAAGUCCUUGCCUCUGGAUAUACCGUGGAGCUAAAAUGCAACAUGUACCGGCAAGGAGUGACAUACGAUGAAGUAUCCUCAUUCAGUGAAUGCGCAGCUGUUUGCGAGUCACUAGAUAUUGAUGUAUGCUCGUACCAUCCGCCGUCAAAACGCUGUGUCGUGUCCAGCCUUCAUGGAAGAGAUGUUUCCCGAGAAGGCGCCUACUACAUGACAAAAGUCGAAACCAGCGACAGACAAGACAGCGAUUCCUUGGAAUUUGAAGAUCCCUUUGAGGUGGAGCCAGCACAAGAGAAAGACGACUGCCUUCACCGCCUAGCUCGCCUCGAAGCCGAACUGGAACAUUCUCGCUCGGAAACGAUUAUACCCACGCCUUUGUGCGGCGUACAAGGCAUCGCUAUCCACGGUCGCAUCGACAUGAUAAAUGUCUCAGGCGUCGACGCAUGCAAAGCUAUCUGUCUCGCCAACCCAUCAUGUCAAGCUUACUCUGCGUCCGACGACCCGGGAGAUUGGUGUUAUAUCUUUGACAGACCGCACGGGGGCGCAACGACGAAUUAUUAUCGCCACUUGCACACAUAUGAUCGCGACUGUUAGAAAGAUUUUCAUUAGGCGAGAUAGAUCGAGAGCGUUUCAAUUGACAGUGUCGGAAUGCGUUAGCCGAAACCGCAGCCGACAUCCGCGGAAUCGGAAAUAUGGCAUCGUGGUGGAGCACGGCUGUCAAAGCUUGGGCAGCGACUAGUGAAAACCCCGCAGUAUAAUAGCUGAAGAACA